GUCACCGUUAUAAAGAGGGUCAGAUAUGUUUACCACAAAUUAAUCACAAUGGAACUCGCUUCGUUCAUUGUAUUGGGAGUUAAUAUCUUCGUGUUAAGUACAGUCGGCGGACUACAAGUAUCUCUUUCACAUCAGUAUUAUGGAAACGUUAAAAUAGACGGAAGUCUUGUGUGCGGAGGAGAUGCAGUUUUCUCAUAUGCAGAAGCCACUCUAAUCUGCCGCCACCUUGGAUUCUUUGGGGGAGUGCCAUUGCCUUCUGGCAAGAUGGACGUUUUGUUUCCAAUAGGAAUCAAAUGUUCCGGCAAUGAAUCCUCCGUUAAUCAGUGUAAUACCUCUAGUGCCUUAUGUCCCUAUCUCAGCCCCUGGGAGGAGAAGAAACAUGGCGUAGCAAGGGUUCUGUGUUACCAAAAGAGUAGCAGAAAAAGUGGAGGUACAGUAAAGCUGAAGUCAGGUCUCGGUCGGAUAACUGUGACCCAGUUUGGAUUAAGCACUUCUGUUUGCGCAGACUCGUGGAGUGAUGAAGAAGCAUCUGUAGCAUGCAAAAUGUCUGGCUUUAAAGAUGGCAAAGCAUUUGACAUCAACAAGAGUGCUUUAGAAGAAUUUGUCCUCUUUGGUAAAGUCACAUGUUUCGGAAACGAGUCAUCCUUUUUCGAUUGUUACUCACAUGGAACAGAAUGUAGGGAAUCGUAUGCUGUCAAUGCUGGAGUAAUGUGUUACAACAAAUAUGCACCAUAUGCUCAGUUUAAUGGAGAGCUCGGAUUAUAUGAAGUCAUUAUUGACAACUACACAGUGAUGUACUGCUCACAAACUCACUUCUAUCCACCCAGUACGCAUGCUCCAAUAACAGUAAAUCCGGCUAAUACGAUUUCGUGUCAACAUAUCGUCAUUUUGGACCAAAAAAUUAGGAAAAUGAAUGUUGACACGGGAAUCUCAUUCCCUGUAAGAAAACUUUGCAAAUCUCAUGAGACGCCUAUGUAUAAUUGUAACGGUGACUGGAGCUACAGUUCCGAAUGGAAAAAGAAGCAUCCCGAAAGUUUUAUGUGCGAGAAACCUUGGGUUUCAUCUGGGACGUUGUUUACAUGCUGAUGAAUUUAUCAUAUAUGUCUGUUACUAAAAAUGUACUUAGGACUUUUUUAUUGUCAAUUACUAUAAGAAUAUUACUUUGUUACCAUUGGAAAAUGCAUUUUAUUUCUAUACCAUUUUAUACUGGAAGCGUAUGGUCAUAUUUUGGUAACAAAUUUUGCUAACAAUAUGUACACGAUAUUGCUUGCACAUGUACAAAAAGAAUGUUCAUUAUCCGUUAUCAUAUCUUUUACAGUCAUCUGGUAAUGUACUUGGAUAUUAUUUUAGAAAUCGGUUGUAGAAAUUUAAUGUACUUUUGCCUGUUUGAAGUAAUAAAUUCGUAAUAAAUUUAUCAUCAAAAUUA